AUGAUCAAAUAAUUAUUUAAGUUAGGCUCUAAUUUAUGUGGUAAAAGAAUUGGAUAAAAUUUCAAAUUAAUUAAUUAAUAUCAAAGAUUUUAUUUUUCAACAGCUACACAAACCAUUGAUUAAUUAAAAACAAAAUUGACAGAAUUAAAUUCUAAAUUUUAUGAGAUUGAAGAAUAUAAUCAAAAAGAAAAAGUAAUGUAUGAUGUAAUUGAUGUAAAAAAAUAAUUGAAUACUUUACUAUUUCCUAAUAAAUAAGAAGAAAAGUAUAAUAAUUUAAUAAAAUUUUUAGUAAAUUUUAUGAAGGAUAUAGAAGAGAUUUAUUAGUCCUUGCUUAAUUAAAUUUUGAAAAUGAUAAGCGAGAAGAAUGUAGUAAACUGUUGAAUGAAAUUAUGUAAGGAGAUUUUAGAAAUGAAUUUAAAGAACAUAAAGAUGAAAAUCAAGCAUUUCUUACAGGUUUAUUUAUGAUUCAUUGUAUGUCAAAUUUAGAUAAAUUGUCAAUAGCUGAAUAAUCUGCUGGAGAAGCUGUUUAAUAUCUAUAAUAUUUUUUAGACAAUUAAUGUCCUAUUUAUUAAGCUUCUUUAUAAAAUAAAACACCUAAUACAGAUAAUUUAUUUGAGUAAGAAUUAUAACAUAUUCAAAAUAUGGUAACUCAUUUGUCUCUUUAUUCAAAAAUAUGUUAAGAAAGAGGAAAAUUUAAUGAAUCAAUCGAAUAAUUAGGAAAUGCAGCUACUUUACUUGAUAAUACUGGUCAUCUUUUUAGGAAAAGUAUUGUUUAUAUAUAAUAUUAGUCUUCUCUAAAUAAAUUACAAUUAAAACUGAAUUAAAAGAAGAUGAUUUAAAAAGACAUUUUAUGAAUAUUCUUAUUAAUGAAGCUAUUAUAUUGAAAAAUUUAGCAAAGUCUUGUUUGCAAUUGGGGAGAUUUGAAGAUGGUAAAUAAUUGAUUGAAGCUGCAUUAACUUAUUUUGAUUAUUUGAUUGAAUAAAAAUUAUUGAGUCCUAAUGAUGAAAAUUAUGUUGCUACUUUAAUUGAAUAAUUUAAUCAUCUUUUUUAAACUAAUGGGAGUGUAGAAGAUAUGAAAGCAAUUAAAAAUAAACUUGAUGAGAUUGCUAAGAAUACUAAAGAAAACGAUAAUACAUUAUACUCUUUGAUUAGAUAUGAACUAUUUUUAAAUAAAUACUUUGAUACUGAUAUUUCAAAAUUAAAUGAAUUAAUGUCAAAAAUAAAAUAAGAUGUUCCAAUGUAAUUAGAAUUUAAUUAAUAACGCAUUUAAGCUUUCCUUUCAAAAGGAGAUCAUAAAAAUGCUGAAGAGUAGUGCAAAGCAUAAUUAAAUAUUCUUAAAUCUUAUUUUGAUUCUUCACAUUAAUUAUAUGGAGAAACUCUUGUAACAUUAUUAGAAUUAGCAAUAAUAGAUAAAGAUUAUUUAUCUGCAAAAAAUUAUAUUGUAUAAUUAUCUUCAGAAUCAUAUAAUAUCACUUAUAUUUCAGAUAUUGAAUAAAUUAUCAAAUUUCAAAAAUUAAGAGUUGAAUUUUUGGAAAGAUUUAAUGAAAAGUAAUCUAAUGAAUAAGUAUUAAUAAAUUAUUAUUUUUAGUUAAAGAAAAAUUUAGAGAAAAUUGAAAGCAUAGCAUUUACUAAAUUUUCAAAUUCUUAUAAGAAAAGUUCUCUCUUAGCUGAUUUUUAUAAACUAAUUGGCGAUUCAAAUUUAUAAAAAGAAAAACUUUAAGAAUGUUUAAAUAUUCUUUAAUAAAAUGUUACAUUUGCCAAAAGAGAUGAAUUAAUAUAAACAAUUAAUGAGACUUUAAGUAAAAUAAAGUGA